GACGGAAGCGGAAAUUGUAGUUCUUUGCAGAUCCCUGAAAGCAUCCCGAAGGAUAUUUCCCCCCCCCCCCAGAUCUGUGUGUGCUGGGACCCAAUGUUGUCGUGGAGAGAGACGAACAGAAUGAGCAUCCAGUGAGAGCAGAUCGAAAGAGAGACCCACUUCUUUGACAUCACCCCCAGUCAGUUGUAUUUCAAUAGGUCCUUGUGGUUUGAGACACCCCAUCAGGCACCAUGACGUCCUCUAUGCUACGCCGGCAAUUGAAGAACCUCGUUCAGAACUUCUCUGAGGCUGAGGUCAAGGUGAGGGAGGCCACCUCCAAUGACCCCUGGGGCCCCUCCAGCUCGCAGAUGGCCGACAUCUCGGACCUCACCUACAAUGUGGUGGCCUGCAACGAGAUCAUGACCAUGCUGUGGAAACGCCUCAAAGACGACAAGAACUGGAGGCACAUCUACAAGUCGUUGACCCUGCUGGAGAACCUGUUAAAGACGGGCUCAGACCGCGUUCUGAAUACGAUGAAGGACAACAUCUACAUUGUGAAAGCGCUAACAGAGUUCCGUUUCCAGGACAAGGAUGGGAAAGAUCAGGGGGUGAACGUGAGGGAGAAGGCCAAGGUAGUACUGGUUCUUAUGGAGGACGACGAGAAACUAAAGGAAGAGCGAGAGUCUGCGCUCAAGACCAGAGACAAGAUCUCAAAGAACGCCACUGCCUCCUCGGACGACCCCAACGACCCCAAGGACCCCAACUACAAGCCAGUGUAUGUCCCAGGAGCCACCGGGCUCCCCUCCCUGGCCAACAUACCGUCUGUGGCUGAUCUCGCCGCCAGCUUUGAGGCCAAGAAGCAAGAAAAACUGAGACUAGAGGCCCAGAAAAAAGAGGAGGAACGAAGGUCAAAGAUGACCAAGGAAGAGCUUGAUUGGGAGGAUGCCGCCAAAGCAGGAAAAGUUGCUGAUUCCUUUUGCGGGGCAGAUGCGCCAUCAGAGGAGGAUGCAUGGGGUGCAGCAGCAAAGACACCCGCUCCUGAUCCUUGGGGGGUGGCGUCCAAAGCUCCAUCCGAGGAUGCAUGGGGCGGAUCAUCCAAAGCUCCAUCCGAGGAUGCAUGGGGUGCACCAUCUAAUGCUACAACAGAAGAAGCAGAUCCUUUUGCGGCACCAGCCAGUGCCCCAACAGAAGGUUCAGAUCCUUUUGCGGCUACAAUAGAUGGUUCGGAUCCAUUUUCUGCACCAUCCAAUGCAUCAUCUAAAGUUGAAGCUGAUCCGUUUGGGGCACCAAAAGAUGAUCCCUUUUCAGCACCAUCCAAUACACCAAAAGAUGGUUCCGAUCUGUUUGGGGCACCAAAAGAUGAUCCCUUUUCAGCACCAUCCAAUACACCAAAAGAUGGUUCCGAUCUGUUUGGGGCACCAAAAGAUGAUCCCUUUUCAGCACCAUCCAAUACACCAAAAGGUGGUUCUGAUCUGUUUGGGGCACCAAAAGAUGAUCCCUUUUCAGCACCAUCCAAUACACCAAAAGGUGGAUCUGAUCCGUUUGGGGGACCAAAAGAUGAUCCCUUUUCAGCACCAUCCAAUACACCAAAAGGUGGUCCUGAUCCGUUUGGGGCACCAAAAGAUGAUCCCUUUUCAGGACCAUCUAAUAUGUCUAAAGAUGGAGCCGAUCCAUUUGGGGCACCAACAGAGGAUCCAUUUUCGGCACCAUCCAAUAUGCCAAAAGACAAUUCCGAUCCUUUUGGGGCCCCAUUGAAUACCCCAACGAAAGGUGCUGAUCCUUUUAGGGCACCAUCCAGUCCACCAACCGAGGCUUCAGAUGCAUGGGGUGCUCCAUCCAAUCCACCGUCCGAAAAGAAGGCUGAUCCCUGGGGAGACGAGGGAACCACAGCUGCCUCUCCCCCCGCAGAUCCAUUUGGCGAUAGCCCGAAGGCUGAUGAUGACGCAUGGGGACCACCAGCAUCGACUCCGCCCACCGCCAGUGACCCUUGGGGUGCAACUGCUGCUCCCACAGACACAGCAUCGACAAGUGACCCCUGGGGAGAUGGAGGAGCUUCCACCACUACAGACACUAUGAACUCUGACCCAUGGGGAGCUCCAAGUAAUGGCACAGACAAUGGAGCCGCCGCAGACGAAAACAACAAAUCGCCAGCUUCGUUCCUUGGCGCAGGAGCUUCACUCGUGAACAUGGACUCACUCCUCUCCUCCGAACCCAAACAACCCCCCCUCAACGUCCUUGCCAAGCAACAAAGCGUUUUACAAGGCCCAGGCCCUAUGGGCAGAGUCACGUCCAUUGCUGGCGUGUCUCGUACUACAAUCCCCCCAAACUCCAGCCUUUUUGGUUCCACCGCUAUGUCCUACGGUGUUACCCACCCCAGCUUUCGGUCCCCCAACCCCAUGCUGGGGACUCCUUUAUCCCAGCUAUCAUCCCAUUCCCUGGGCAUGCCUCGUCCUGGCCUGGCUAUGCCUGCAAUGGGUCCUCAGAUGGCACCCCCUUGUUUUGGAGCUGUGAUGGUACAACCCAAUUGUCUGGGGGUGAUUCCUCCGUCAGGUCACUCUGCAGUGGCCCACUUGGGAGCUUCCACUCCUCCAAUGGGACGCGGGGUCCCUUUGCAGCCACACAUGGUUUUGGACACCGGGAUGGGAGAGCCUCUUCAACAGAACAACAAUCCUUUCCUUUUUUGAAAAGCUACAACCUGCCCAGCUCACCCUCCUCAACCCCAAUAUCUACAAUGGUUAAUAUAAUGUACAUGUCCAAUUUAGGUGUAUGCAACAAUAUGUAAGAAAUUAAGCAAGGCAAAAUAUAAGUAUUUUGAAAUUAUUUUUCAUGGAAAAACAUUCCAUUUUGGUUGAUUCGAUUUUCAUUUAGGUUCUUUCAAGAGUGGGGAACUUAGCGGGGAUCGUAGGAGUUAGAUCCAUUUAGGUCUUGUGUGAUUUUGCUCUUGUGCUGUUCGUUUUCAGUUACGCUGACCAGGUUAUUAUCAAUGCUCGCGUUCUUUAUGCUUGACUCAAAAGGCUCUGAGAGGGAUGGACGGAGGGUUAAGAAGACCUGAUAGCAAUAUUUGUACAAUCAUUACAAAAGCCUACAGUGGGACACGUACCCAUAAAGAACAGGAUGCUAGUAGAGACGCUUUCAGGAAGUGUGUGUGUGUGUGUGUGUGUGUGUGAGCGGGCAUGUUUUGUGUGAAGAUGAGGUGAGGUCCUUCAGCAAAAGUAACCAUAGCAACAGUAACUUUUUAAAGUUCUAUUGUAUUUUUUAAAUUAAUUUAUUAUCCUAUUUCUUGUAUUUAUUUAUUUAUUUAUUAAACGAUUUGUUUGUUUCUUGAACACUUGGCCUCCAACAGACACUUUCGAAAAACAAACUAGAGUCAUAUUCAAAUUCAUUCAUAUGACAUUACUGACAGCAAACACCAAAGUUGUCAUUUUCCCCUGGGUUUCUUGAGUUGAACAGUGACUUUGGUUGGAAAAGGUCAAAUCCAAUUGGAUAGAACCCUAAUCAUCCACAUUAUCAUCCAAUAACCAAUAGUGGCUUUAUUUCCCUUUUAUCAUUUUAUACACAUGUAUAUGUCUACUUAUUUUCUUGUGUUCGGGAACAAACACAUUGUAUACAAAUGAAAGCUGGAUUUGUCAUCCUUUUUUUCUGUCCUGCGAAGCUAUCUGUCAGUUGAAAGUUUUUUUUUUUUGUCAAAUAUUUGUAUUGAAAGACAACAUUCCAUGCAUACAGUACUGUUAAUGUAUAUCUAUUCAGUGAGUUUUCAUCGUAAGACCCAUUUGGAUGCUUGUCAUUCUGUAUUUUUGCAUUCCUUCUUUGGCCUCAAACGAAACGGUCGAAGUACAACAAGACGGCGCACAACGUGAAGCGAAAUGAAAGUGGGACUGGAAGUCAAACAAAUGAAUUUAUCUGAAUCGUAGUGCAAGUGUAUUAGUAUAGCUACGAUAAAUGUUAUCAUAGCUACUAUUAUAAUUACAUUUUUGUAUGAUCAAUCUUUAUUUUAUUGUGUAUGUCAAGGCUGUGAUGUAAACUGUGACAGUACACAUUUGAGAAAUAAAAUGAUUCAAUUCCUGAGAGCUCAGCUCUGACUACAGUA